AGACCAAGAACAUACGACACGUGUUGGCUAGGCAGAGCCGCAAGCCUGCCGAUAUAACUCAGAGCAGUGUCUGCCUAACGCCGCUGGACUCGAUCCCUUGUCCAAGCAAUCCCAGGAGGAAGGUAGGCAGCCAAGCGACGCAGAGGACAUUCAAUAGCUCCCCGGGCCUUGAGUGGUGCGCCAAGAACGAUCUUUUCUCGGCCAACCUGCAAGUCCCCAACACCUCGACGGAAUACAGGAUUACCUUACCUAGCCCCACCCAUGCGCGCGACUUCGUUCUCCCUCUUCCUAAAAGCGUUGCCACCACGCAUUUCACUGCUGCCGCAUUGACAGCUACGGGCAUCACAAACCACUGAUGGCAACUCCUCCAAACCGAUACUUUCCCUGCGCAUUUCUGCGCGAGAAAGGCAUUCCAUCCCUUGUCUGGUUUGAGGAUGCAAUCGCUCCAUACGGUGUUCCCACCGCAGUUUUCGACCUGUACCUCCUUGUUCCCGAUAUCGACGAAGCUGAGCGCGUCCUCGUCGGUAGUGGAUGGGUUUAUGCCGGACCCAAACCCGAGAAGUCCGUCUGUCACUUCUUGGAGGAUGUUGUCUCUUACCGCCGCUUGAAUCCUCCUGCUGCCUUGACGGCCCAUAUGGAGAAGGAUGACUUCAGAGGGCCCCAUCCCCCCACAACGACGGUGCUCCUCCCAGCCGCUGGCUGGAACGUCGCCGUCGACGAGUUGCGUGGAUCUUCUCCCGAUAGCUUCGUGCCCCAGCUGGAGCUCCUCCUGGACGCACUGAUUGACAGCCUGCUCGAUUCGCCUCCAAGCACAACCCUCCGAAUGCACCUGGCUGUCCAAGUCGCUUAUUUGUACGGCCACUGUACGACGCUCAAGACUCAAGAUUACGCCCAGAAUUUGCGGCUAGACCAUCGGCAGUUCCAUUAUGACGCGCUCUCAAAAGGGGGAAUUGGAACGCUCCCCUUCCUCAAGGAACAGCGCCAGAUCAGGGACGAGAUACGACAGGGGGUACGGCAACCGCAGCGCAAUUCCUGGUACCUCACUCCCGCCAACCUUGAGAAACGUAAGCCAGGGCAGCUGGACACGUCUCGGCUCGAGAAUAUGAACCAUCGCCUUGGUCCUGUCUUUUCUCGAUUUAUGGCAUCAGCAAAGGAGGAGACGUCCGACACACAGGACAGGACCGAGGCUGAAGUCUGAGACUUUGAAUGUUUGUCUGCCUAAAACGUGCGGGGGUUUCUGCGUGUGUAGGUAGUCUUAGGAUCUGGCAAGUUUCAGUGCUCGCUAAGAAUGGAGAUCAACACAAAGCCGACUUAGAGUUGCGCGUGAGCAUAAGAGUUUCAAGGCCUCAGCAUAAAUAUGCUAUCCUGUCCCGUGUCUACCUCAAUGACUGAGUAGUCAUUGCUGCUAGGCCUGCGAGAUCUUGCAAGACCGAUCCAAAGCCCCAUCGAGGCAUCACCGCAUCAAAACUCUCUUCCGCGGGAUCACAGCACAGCUAGAUCCAGCCGCAAAUGAAUAACGCC